UUCGUGUUUCGUUUACUUUACAAUAAUAAAUCACAUAUGCCAACAAUUACUUUGAAUUAAUUAAUUUUAAAGAAGAUAAUUAAACCUUAUAUUUAAAAAUCGACUUAUUAAUGUUAUAACGUGUAAAAGAAAACAGACAGAAGAAGACAUCGUACAGCCUAAGAGUUUGUGGUAUAACCAAAAACUAUAAAUGUCUUCAAAAUCUGCUUCAAAAACACGCAGCGUUCAGAUUCCUCCACAUUUGCAAAAUUAUAUUACAACAUGCAAAACACAGUUUAAUGAUCUUGACGAUAAUCCAUCAGAAAUAACAUGUUUACUUUGUGAUUCUAUAUUUGUUCUUCCAACCAAUCAACAAAACUUCCUCACACAUUUAUUUCAACAACAUCAAUUGGUAAUUGGUGAUGUAGAGAAAAUAGCAAGUUUGAAAAGUUAUGUUCGAUAUUGGAAAAUGCGAUUUAAAGAGAUGCCUAUACUGAGUACAUUUUGUGUUACACUAACUGAACAAAGUCUCAAAUCAUCAUCAAAUAAUGACAAAGCUGCUCCAGAAAAUUUGUACUACUUACUUUCAGAUUAUUUGUCUGAAGAUAAAACCUUGAGAUAUGAAAUAUAUAGAGCAAAAUUAGAAUGGGUACUAGCUGAGCAAUUAAAAGAAAGGACAGAUACAACAUUCAAAAGAGACUGUAUGUUUUGUAGAACAGAGUUUUCAGGUUCUCGUAUUGAAUAUGUGAAACAUCUUUGCCAAAAGCACAAUAUUUUAUUAGGUAAACCAGAAAACUUGGUGUUUAUAGAUGAAUACUUAAAUAAAAUACAAAAUAACAUUGAAAAUUUUAUAUGUAUAUAUUGUGAAAAGAAAUUUAAAGAUCGUUUUGUAUUGAAAGAACAUAUGAGGAAAAAACUACAUAAACAAGUAAAUCCAAAUAACAAGGAGUAUGAUAAAUAUUACAUAGUAAAUUAUUCAAAUGAAAAGUCUGAAACCAAUAGCAGAAAACCUAGGAAAAUGCCUUUAGAAAAACCUGAAGAUCCUUCUGGAUUUAGCAGCAACAGUGAAGAUGAAAAUUGGUCAGAUUGGAAAGGUGAAACCACAACUUUUAUUUGCUUAUUUUGUACAAAGAAAACAGAUGAUAUUUCAGAAACUUUCGAACACAUGAGAAAUGAACACGAAUUUGAUUUUGAAGAUAUUACUAAGGAUAUGAUAUUUUACCAUAAGGAAAAUGAAGUAAAAAUUGUAAAUUAUAUUAGAAAACAAAUUCACACAAACAGAUGUGUUUAUUGUGAUGCGAGUGUAGAUGAUCAACUAAAUUUACAUAUGAGGGAUCAAAAUCAUUACAAAUUACCUUCUAAAAAAAUAUGGGAUCAGCCAGAAUUUUAUUUUCCAAUGUUUGAAACUGACUCAUUUUUAUAUAGCUUGGAUACAAACAGUGAUAUCGAAGAAGUAGUUUCAGAAACACCAUGAACGUUUUUAACAUUUGUUACUAAGUAAAUCAUGUUACUUCUGUGAAAU